AUGUCGCUGCGGCUGGACAACGAGCAGGAGAAGCCCAUCUACGACAACCCCACCAAAGAUGACAAAGAUGUAAGUGGAAUGUAAAAUUCUUUUUUUUCAAGAUAUACAUAUGUUAUCUGGGUCUUCAAAAUGAAGUAAUCUCGUUUUUGCAGGAAGAGGAAGACCGUGGAAUGGCGCUAGCGCCGUCCAUCACCUUGUUCGGUGGUGUUAUGGUGAUUGUUGGCUGUAUUAUUGGCUCUGGGAUCUUCAUCUCACCGAAGGGAGUGCAUGAAAGUAAGCGAACUUAAUUUUGUCAUCAUUUCCCUGCAAAAAAUCCCAAUUUUAUCAGUCUGUCGGGAAAAUAAUGUGGAUUUUUUGCACCUUGGAAGAAUUGCCCAUCAUCGCUUUUUGAUGUCUAACCGUGGCUGGUGACUUGCAGCGGAAAGAUUCAAGUUUGCAACGAAAAAUUUUGCCACGACAAAUCCACAUUAUUUUCCCGACAAACUAAAAUAAAAUUGUGCGAUCAAAAUUCCCUAAAAUCAGGUUUAUGCCGACAAAAAUCCACUAUCAGUCUGUCGGGAAAUUAAUGAGCACUCUGUCGCAUCGAAAAUCGCAGCGCCGCCGAGAAAAUAAAAAAAAAACAGAAAAAAGAAUUGUGUCACGGAAAAAUCAAAUUGCUUUUCAAUUCAGUGCUCAUUAUUUUCCCGACAGACUGAUUUCCUGAAUUUUUCGAAAAUAGCGGCGCUACGUAGGCUUUUUUUCCAACUGCGUCAUCACGGUUUCGCCGAAGCUCCUUCGCACAGUGCAAGCUCGAAAAAGCGGUUUGCACUAGACAUGGCUGGGGGGCCGGGCCGGGCCGAAAAUCGCGGCCCGGCCCGGGGGGCGGAAGAGGUCGGCCCGGCCCCGGCCCCCUUCAAAUUUUCUCGGCCCGGCCCGGCCCCCAGGGGCCGGGCCGGGCCGGGGGCCGACCGGGGGCCGAACUGUAAAUAUGAACAAUGCAUUCGUUACGAGAUAUAACACAUUUUUUUGGGGCUUUGGUAGUUCAGCCCCCCAGGAAAGAUAGCUCAAACCCCCACUGUUUUGUCCAUUUUACACCCCCAUAAUGAAAAAUUUAGAAUAAUACAAAAAAUGCAAAUUAGGGUAAAACGACCCCCGGCGUUUUAGCUCAAACCCCCAGUUACCGUCCAAAUUCGUUCUUGUGGUUCAGGCAACGACGAUCGUAGCCGAGAGAACCCAAUCCCGAGUAGGAGCUUCAGAUUGGAUGAGGGGGUUUAUGCUGGGUCCAGGGGGGCUGAACUGGACGGGUUGUACUACCUUAGCCCCCAUUUUUUUGUUAUAACAAUCGACAAUAAAUUUUUGAAAAAAAAUUACCAACCAUUGCCUAUAGUACAAAAAACCCAAUCGGUUCUUGGCUCUGCCUUUCUAUUUUUGUUGGCAACCCUAAUUUUCGUUUUGGCUUUUAGUCAUUGGGGGCCGAGGCCGGGCCGGCCCGGCCCACUAGCCAUGUCUAGUUUGCACUGUGCGAAAGAGCAAAAUGCACGGUGCGUUCGCGAAUCGCGAUAAAAGACGAAAAAAAACUAUGCAUUUUUUCAAGAUUUAAGGACUUUUUAUCGCGGGGCCGCACCCUUCAAAAAACCGCACUUUGCACUGUGCAUUCAAUUUUUUUAAAUUUUCGCACGGUGCAUUCAAUUUUUUAAAAAUUUUCGCACUGCGCAACCAAAAUAUCGCUGCGACGAAAAGUAUUUUCAGCCGACAAUGAGUCGCUGCGACGUUUCUGAAGCGAGUUUGCGCAAUCGGUGAAAAUGCACAGUGCAAAAUGUUUGAAGAUCCCGCACACUGCGAAAAAAAGCAAAAAUGCACUCACUGUGCGUGUGCAAUAAAUUGUCAAUGGACUUUUAUCAGUCUGUCGGGAAAAUAAUGAGCACUCUGUCGCAGGGAAAAUUGCAUCGCCGCUGAGAAAAUGAAUUGUGUCGCGAAAAAAUCAAAUUUCUUUUCAUUUCGGCGAUGCGAUCCGCGCAGCGACAUUGUCCUCAUUAUUUUCCCGACAAACUUUUUUUUGAACAAGCAGAGUAACAUACACAAAUUUUCCAGAUAUUCAAUCAGUCGGUUGGUCGAUGGUGAUCUGGGUGGUGUGCGGCCUGUUCUCGGCGAUUGGCGCCUACUGCUACGCCGAGCUGGGGACUUUUAUCCGCUCCUCGGGCGGCGAUUAUGCCUAUGUUUUGGAGGCGUUCGGGCCUCUGAUGGGCUUUAUUCGUAUGUGGAUUGAGUGCAUCAUUGUGCGGCCGUGCACUAUCACUGCGGUCGCGAUGACAUUCGCCACCUACAUCCUGCAGCCGCUAUAUCCCCACUGUCCGCUGCCCUUUUUGGCGCCGCAGUUCUUGGCCGCUUCGGUCAUCCUGCUGCUGUGCAUGAUCAAUUGCGUCAGUGUGAAGUUUGUGACGCAUGUGCAGAACCUGUUCACGAUGACCAAGUUGGCGGCGUUGAUUUUGAUAAUUGCCACUGGGCUUGUGCUCAUGUUGAUUGGAGAUCGUAAGUUAUAAUUUUAUAUAUAUAUAUAUAUAUAUGUAUAUAUAUAUAUAUGUAUAUAUAUAUACAUAUAUAAUAAUAUAUGCUGUCAAACCUCUGUAAAACAAAUCGCAAGGGAAGAAUAGAGUUAUCAGUCUGUCGGGAAAAUAACGAGCAUUCUGUGGCAUAGAAAGAAUCGCAACGCCGCCGAGAAAAUGAAUUGCGUUGCGGCAAAAUCAAAUUGCUUUUCACUCCAGCGACGUGAUUGGCGCAUCGACAGCGUGCUCAUUAUUUUCCCGACAGACUGAUAAAAAUAUGGGAAAUGCUCAAAGUGCAACGUUCAGAUUUUGAUGAAACUAACCACAAUUUAGAUAAAUUGUUUGGAGGCAUACGAGACUUCUAGCCCCUUCUUUUCAUAAGCGACCAAUAUUUUUUGGCCGAAAGUUGGCAAAUACUUGACACUUUUUUGCGACACUUCUUUCAAAAAUUUUGCGCUGUAAAGCAUCAUGUUUAUUCCUAACAUCAAGGCGUUGAAGAUCUCGGCUCUCCCUGUAAAAUACAGGCUAAAAUCUUCCGGGAUUUAUCUGUGGCCUUGGCACAAUAUGUGGGCAAAAUUUGAGGAAAAUCUGAGCGUCGCGCUUUGGGGCCAUUACUUGGUCAGUGGCUUCUAAAAAGCUUCUGGUCAGUGGCUUCUAAAAAGCAUAGAUUCUCCGUAUUUUUAUCAGUCUGUCGGGAAAAUAAUGAGCACAAUGUCGGUUGCGCCGAUAAAAUGAAAAACAAUUUGACUUUGCCGCGAAGACAAUUCACUUUCUCGGCGACGAUGCGAUUUUCGAUGCGACAGAGUGCUCAUUAUUUUCCCGACAGACUGAAAAGUAAAGAUUUUUCUUUAUUUUUCUUUAUGGUAAUGUUUUUUCAUGUAAAAGAAAUCCCACUCAAUUUGCUGUCACAAAAAAGUUAUUUCUCAUCAAAAUCAACAAUUUUUGUACAUUUUAUUAUUAAAAUGAUUAUAAAAAAACUAUUUCCAGCCUACCUCGACUCCUUCGAAGGGAUGUUUGAGCUGCCCAACAUUGGUGCCGGCCAAGUUGCGCUUGCCUUUUACUCGGGUCUCUGGGCCUACAACGGCUGGAACUACCUCAACUUCAUCACCGAAGAGCUCAUCAAUCCCACGCGCAAUUUGCCUCUGGCCAUUUUCAUUUCAAUGAUCACAGUCACGGUGAUCUACUUGCUCGCCAAUCUCGCCUUCUACGCCGGCACCUCGCCGGACGAGCUGCUCGAAAGCAAAGCGAUCGCUGUGACUUUUGCCAACAAAUACUACGGCCCGAUGGGGAUUAUCAUGCCGAUUCUGGUGGCGGGAAGUUGUUUCGGCACCGUGAAUGGAAUCAUGUUGACUUCGUCGCGACUUUUCUUCGUCGCCGGCCGAAACGAGCACAUGCCCCGAGUGCUCAGCUAUCUGAAUGUUCAGUGGAAAACGCCGGUCCCAGCCGUGCUGUUCACAUGCCUGUUGUCGCUGUUUUAUUUACUGUUGAGCGACAACAUUUACACGUUGAUCAACUACGUGCAAAUCGUGAACUGGCUGGCCAUCGCGAUCGCUACUUGCGGAUUGCUUUAUUUGAGGUGAGCAAUAGACUUGUUUUGCAUCUGAAAACAAUGAGCACAAUGUCGCUGCGUCGAUCGAGUCGCUAAAGUCAAGACUCAAUUUAUUUUCUCGGUGCCGAUUUUCGAUUCGACAGAGCGCUCAUUAUUUUCCCGACAGACCGAUGGACUUAUGACGCGAGUAGUAUUUUUUCAUAAAGUGCAUGGACAUUUGUUCUUUUUUGCACAGUGCAUUUUCAACUUUUUCCCACGCUUGUCGCCAAUGCACAGUGCAUUUUUCGCUUUUCGCACUGUGCAAACCUCAAAAAAGCCGCUUGCACUGUGCAAAAUUAUUCAGCAAAUCUGCGACGGCGCAGUUGAAAAAAAGCUUAUGUCGCAGCGACACUUCAAAUGCACAGUGCAAAAAUCAGAAAAAAACAAAAAGAGUGAAAUGCACAGUGCAAAAAAUCACAAAUUUUUGCUUUUUUUCGCACAGUGCAAACCUCAAGAAAACCGGUUUGCACAGUGCAAAGAUCAAUUUCUUUGCACAGUGCGAAAAUCAAAAGAAAAGAAGAAAAGUGAAACGCACAGUGCAAAAAAUCGCAAAUUUUUGCUUUUUUCGCACAGUGCAAAACUCCGGUGCAAAUGGAGACUUUUUGUGCACGGUGCGGGCCGCUGCAAAAUGUCCAUGCACUUUAUGAAAAUACAAAUACAUUAUAUAUCCUAUAUAUCAUCCACAUUCCAGAUACACCAAGCCCCCCAAGGACUAUCCUCGACCUCUUCAGGUGGGCCUGGCAUGGCCGAUCAUCUUCCUGCUGGGCUGUGUUUUCCUGAUCGUCUUCCCCAUCAUCCAAGCGCCCAUGGACACGGCGAUUGGAAUCGGAAUCAUGCUGACCGGACUCCCCGUCUACUUGAUUUUCGUUCAGUACCGAAGAAAAGUCCCAUUCAUUGACAACAUCAUGGACGAAGCGACAGUUUUUGCGCAAAAAUUACUGUUGGUGGUGCCCACGGAGAAGAAGGAUUGA